CAGCCGGUUGUGACUCCCCUCUCGUCCUCAGUCACACUGUCACACUUCAGUAUUUCAUUCUGUCAUUCAUUCAUUACUGAAAAUCUCUCGGAAAAUUGGUUUAUCGUUAGCCAGAUUAUUCUGUCGCCUCGUCUCCAUUCAAAAACUUCGAUUACGCAUUGAUCGAUUGAAUUUUACUCGAGUGAAAAAAACGUGGACAACAUUGAGCCGUAAAUAAUUACAAAUAAUAUCAGAACGUGACGCUGUCAUUUUCACAAUUUUUCCCUGAUUUAUCUGCUCGAUUGAAUGGACACAAAUUUUCAGUGAACUCAGUGGUUAUUGAAAUAGUGAUCAGUGGUAUGACAGAGGGACGGUAGAUUGUCGAACUGGUUCCCAUGCUCGAACUCUUGUCAAAUUGUACACAAAUCGCGGAUCAAAGUCUCUGAGAGUUGAAUAAAAAUUUUUAGUGAAGAUGAUUACAUCCAGAGGAUCAUUUUAGUUCAUUCGUCGGGAUCUUCUGGAUAACGACAAAAUGACGAAAUCCUGACGGGAACAGGUGGUCGAGUCGAGAGAUUUAAAUCAGUUGCAAGUGACAAUGUCAAGAUGGUGAAUUGAAAAAUCAGAAAACAGUAACAGUUUUUGAAAUGUCAAGACUAUUGAGUCGCGUAUCAUCUACCGCAGCCGGUCUAGUGAUCGUGCUGCUGGUUGUGUUUCUCGUGAUACUGUGGACCGGUAUAAAAACCACAGGACCAAUGAAAAAUGAUGGAAAUCGGGUGAUAAAUACAUCUCGACUGCAUCGUGAUUUCAAGGACGAUUUACGAGUUAUUGAUGUGCAGUCGGAGGGCACUUCCCUUGAGGAGUUGCCGGAGGUUAAUGACGUUUCACCGGAUUUUGUGAGGAGUGAGCAGGAGGUGAAUAGUAGACCGGGAGGAUUUGAGUAUGUGCAGCCGGUGAAGAUCAGUCAGAAUCAGUAUGAGGAUCCUCCUGUGGGUGAUAACAUUGCCAGGCGACAUCACACCGGUCAUUUCAGGCAUUCAUCCGCGGAGGUUUGGGAUCCUCAUCCGCAGUAUGAGUUCACCGCUUUUGGGAGGCUAUUUCGACUGCGGCUGACGCACGAUAAUAGCUUCAUCUCGCAAGCAAUAAAGGUGACACACAUGACUAAAAACAAAACAAAGUGGGAGCCCCCGGGUCAUCAACUGGGGUGUUUCUACACUGGAGUCGUCGACGGCGAUCCCAAAUCCGUUGUUUCUGUCAGUCUCUGUCACGGAAUGACCGGUCACAUGAAGACGUCAACCGGAAGUUACAUAAUAAAGCCCGCGGAGAAUUGGAGAACGGACAGAAAUCUCACGGAUCCGAGCUCCACCCUUCAACACGCCAUCUACAAACUCUCAUCCACGAGAACAACCUCCAACGAUGUCAAUUUACCAGACGAGAGUGGACACAACUGUGGAGUCAUAGAUUAUGAUCCUGUGGAGGAAGCACCGGCGCCACUUAUUGACGACAGUUCAGCGGCUAGAGUUUAUGUUGGCGAUCAUAGACGUGAGCGGAGAGAACUGACUGAGAAGAAUUUCCUGGAUAGAUCGAUUGAGGAGGCGUCUGAUGAAGGUUUAGAGGAGUUUGUCGGUCAUUACGGGAGAUCAUACCCUCAUCAGGUCCAGUGGAAACGCCAAAGGAUCGAGGGGAGGGAGGAGGACGAUGACAUUGAUGAUGGAUUCAAUAAUUGGAGAGCGAGGAGAGCACUGCCGAGGGAGUACUUUAUCGAGAUCAUGGUUGUUGCUGAUGCCAAAAUGGUGGACUAUCAUGGGGACAGCCUUGUUGGGUACAUACUUGUACUUAUGAGCACGGUAUCUCGAAUCUACAAGGAUCCCUCAAUCGGCAAUCCGAUAAGUAUAGCCGUAACGAAAAUCAUAAAAACCGACGAGAUCUUCGGCACAAAACGCAGCGACAGCGAUGGAAUAGCAGCUGCCGAUAUGCUGAAGAGAUUCUGUUACUGGCAGAAACGUAAUAAUCCAGACGAACCAUCACCCGAGCAUCACGAUGCCGCGCUACUCCUAACGAGGGAAAAUUUAUGUCACAAUCCACGUCAGAAGAGGUGUGACACACUGGGUCUAGCCGAACUUGGAAGAAUGUGUUCACCAGGAUCAUCAUGCGCAAUUGUACAGGACAAUGGUCUCGCUGCGGCCUUCACAAUUGCCCACGAGAUUGGACAUGUGUUCAGCAUGCCCCACGACGACGACUCCAAGUGCACAAAAUUCCGUAAUCGCUCGGGUGUGCACAAUGUGAUGUCGCGAAUGCUGGAUGACAACACAUUUCCUUGGGAAUGGUCCAAAUGCUCUCGUCACUAUGUCACGGAAUUUCUCGAAGCUGGCUAUGCCAAUUGCCUUCUGGACGAGCCCAACAACAUGAUUAGAUCCAUCGCCAGUCGACUACCUGGCGAGGAUUAUUCCGAGAAUGAACAGUGCGAACUUGUCUUUGGUCCAGGCUCGAAAAUCUGUCCGCAUAUGGAGAAUGAUGUGUGCAAGAGACUUUGGUGCACCGCGCCGUCCUGGACCCAUCAAUCUCACUGUCACACACAACACAUGCCCUGGGCUGACGGUACACCCUGCGGUAAUGGCAAGUGGUGUCAUCGCGGUGAAUGCGUAUCCAAGAAGAAUCUAGCCCCAGUCGAUGGACAAUGGGGCGAGUGGGGGCCCUAUGGACCUUGCUCGAGAACAUGCGGUGGAGGGAUCAAGAUCAAAGAGCGCGAGUGCAACAAUCCACCGCCACAGAACGAUGGAAAUUACUGCAUUGGGGAGAGAGUCAGAUAUCGCAGCUGUGGAACUAAAGAGUGUCCAACUGGAUCCGUUGAUUUCCGGCAGGAACAGUGCGCCAAUUUCAAUAAUAACAACUUCAACAUCAAGGGGCUGGCACACGACGUCAAGUGGCAUGCAAAAUACAUAAAAAUUCCACCCGAGGAGCGAUGUAAACUCUACUGUCAGGUUGAUAGUAAUCAGUACUAUAUGUUGAGAGACAAGGUGAUCGAUGGUACACCCUGUGGACCCGACACCUUUCAUAUAUGCGUCAAGGGACAUUGCAAACCAGCUGGCUGUGAUCAUAUACUCAAUUCAACCGCCGAGUUGGAUACUUGCGGUGUUUGUCGGGGAAAUAACAGCACCUGUCAGAGAAUCACGGGAUCGUACAAUGCCAGUGGAUUUUAUGGGUACAGGAGGGUGGUUAAGAUUCCAGCUGGCAGUAGUUUUAUUGAUAUUAGGCAGACUGGCUGGGGCGGGCUGCACAAUGAUACCAAUUAUUUGGCAUUGCGACUCGGUGAAAACGGUAAAUACAUAUUAAACGGUAAUUUUAUGGUGAUGCACCGCAAAGUUAUAGUUCUCCCGGGUUUGGCAAUCGAGUACAGUGGCCCAGGCCCAAAAAUUGAACGGCUGAACAGCUCCAGACCCAUCAACUUCGAUUUAAUUUUAGAGGUGCUAUCGGUGGGAGAUAUCGUGCCACCGCAAAUAACUUAUGAGUACACUGUACCGAAGAAAAUACUGGACAGUUUUACUUGGAUUUUGAGUGAUUGGUCCACGUGCAGUCACAUGUGCCAGGGUAGUAGGCAGCGUACAGCGGAAUGCCGCAGUACUGAGCAUAAAGACGUCGUGUCGGACGAUUACUGUCGGCCAGAGGAACGUCCACAGGAGGAAACACAAAUGUGUAACGGCCACUGCAUUCUACAAUGGCAAGAAACAUCGAGAUCAGAGUGCUCGAAUCACUGUGGCCCAGGGACCCAAACAGUCUCGACUCGUUGCGUCCAAAUUCUCAUAACAUCAGCCAACAGAACACCCCGACCAUUUCCGCCCCACGCCUGCUCCCACUUGAACCGCCCCAAGGAGCUUGUGCCCUGCACAGGACCCUGUGACGACGCCCACUGGUCCUACUCGGACUGGGGAAGCUGCAGUGUCUCCUGCGGAGGGGGAAUGCAGAUGAGAACGGCUAAAUGUGUGGAUUCACUUGGGAGAAUCGUGCCCGACGAUAAGUGCAGUAGUUCUAAGAAGAUUUUGGAGAGGUUCUGUGGACAUGAGGCUUGUCCGCAGUGGGCCUUUGGUGAUUGGUCUCCUUGUUCCAAAAGCUGUGGAAAUGGCACACUAGCUCGUCCCUUCUGGUGUCAAGUGGAGAAUCGCGUCGUCAGUGAGUUAUACUGCACUGAUCCACUUCCAGUUGUUGUAAAACCCUGCAACGCUGGACCCUGUCAUCGCUGGUCUACCGGAGAAUGGAGCCCCUGCUCGGUCACGUGCGGCGAAGGAACUCGAAGAAGAAAAGUCGCUUGCUUGAAUGCAGACGGCUCAACUGGCGACGAAUGCGCUAUUUCUGAGAAACCAGACGACUUCGAUACCUGCAAAAUGGAUGUUUGUCCCACUGUUACGAGUCCUCCUGUGAUUUAUUCCAAUCAUGGGGAGCCUUCUCAGGAAGAGAACGAAGUGGACAGCAAUGGGAUCACCUUCCAUCCGGGAUAUGUCUGGCGAAAUGGAAAUUUCGGGGAGUGCUCAAGAUCAUGCAACGGAGGCUUUAAACACCGAAUAGUUCAGUGCACAUCGAUAGAGACCCACACGGCUGCUCGAGACGAUUACUGCGACUCUAAUCAGCGUCCAGCGAGCACUUUGCCAUGCAACAGACACGCCUGUCCUCUCUGGAACACUGGGGACUGGAGUCAGUGCAAUGUGGAAUGCGGCGAGGGCUACCAGCAUCGUCAGGUACGAUGCCAGAGUCAGAGAGGUGAAACCCUUCCGGAUAAGGAAUGCAGCAUGGACAGACCCAAGCACGCGAAAAAAUGCCGGAAGGCACCUUGCGUGAUACAAAGAAAUCAUAAUCCUAAUUCCAAGGGUAAUCUACCCAGGAGAUGGCGCGUCUCCAAUUGGACUCCAUGUUCAAAAUCAUGCGGCGGUGGGGUUAAAACGCGAAAGGUGGAGUGUAUCUUGAGGACAGGAGGUAAUGAGGAACCGGUAGAGGACGAGCAGUGCUCGAGACUCGGGCUAGCGAGGCCAAGAUCGCAGAGGCCGUGUCAGCGUUUACCCUGUGACUUUACUUGGCAAGAGGGCAGCUGGUCCGAGUGUUCGGAAGAUUGCGGCGAGGGUAUUCAGAAACGGGCAGUGACUUGUCACAAAAUCAAUCGAUAUGGGUGGAUCGAUCCAGCACCGACCGACGGCUGUUUGAUGAGUGAUAAACCCAGAGGUGAACAGACUUGUAAACUGCAGGAAUGCAGUGACAAAUUUUAUUGGACUGCUGGACCUUGGAGGAAAUGUAGCCAUCAGUGUGGGCGCAAGGGCCGACAGAUACGCAGGCUAUUUUGUCACGACAGAAGUGGUAAAAGAGUUGGUAAAUUCAAUUGUCCACUGGAAUUCAAACCACAGAGAAAACGCAAGUGCAACCAGAGACGAUGUGGUCCGUUGACCUGUCUCGAGGCGCAAAAGAAAUUCAAGUCAACUGGCGAUGGUGAAUACACACUCCUCAUUGGUGGCAAAAAUAUGUCGAUUUAUUGUCAUGAUAUGGCGACCAGCGAGCCCAGGGAGUACUUGACACUGCCCGCUGGGGAUAGGGAAAACUACGCUGAAAUUUAUGACAAGAGAUUGCUGGAUCCGCGGACGUGUCCCUAUAAUGGAUUGAGGAACGACAGUUGCGAGUGCGUCACAGAGCGCGGAACUAUCUCGGGGAGAACUAUGUUUAAACGCGUCAGGAUUGAUGUUGCUAAAUUAAUUAUUAUAGCUGAUGAUUACACAUUCUCAUGGACCAAAGGAGCAAAACGAGUUGAGUAUGGCAAAGCUGGUGACUGUUACAGCACAACAAACUGCCCCCAAGGAAGAUUUAGUAUAAAUUUGAGUGGAACAGCCCUGAAACUCACGUCUCAAGUAUCGUGGGUGCCACAGGGGUCACGAGCGCAUCUCGACGUGCACAGAGUCAACGAUCAGAGGGUUCUCGGUAAAUGCGGCGGCUACUGCGGCUUCUGCACUCCAAACAUGGACUUGAAACUGGAAGUGUGACCCUCCUAGCCAUUCGUCAAGUCCCUGAGAAUCCGUCGUUGAUUUCUGAAUGAAAUCACUGGACUGAUGGCCACGAGUACCUCCCCAUGAAACUCCUAAGUCCCUGAUGACUUGGGGAGAGGAGGGUACUCACACCAUCGUCGUCUUCUAGUAUUAAUAACUUAUUAAUAUAGAUUCUAAUGUCUAUUUUUUAAUGAACAUUGGUAACAUGGACGUGAGACUUUUUCUACGCACAGCUAAGGUUAACGAUAAUGCAGUAGUUUAGGAAAUAAAAGUAAUAGAAUUUUUGCAGACACUGAGGGAAGAAAUUCUCAUUAUUGGGGAAUUAAAAAAUCGUUUUUCACGUGGUUUUCCCCUCGGUGUUAUGAUAAGUGCUCUCUAAUUGAAUUAAUGAAAAUUGCCAUUGUGGAUUCACUGCCAUAUUUGUCCAUAAUACGUGCCUUUCAUCGAAAUUGCAAUGAAUCUCAUUCUGGCACGUGUGAAGAAAUUUCGUAGAAAAACCCAGAAUUCGGUGGAAAAUUCUGUUGCAUUUCAAUUCAACUUUCCAUUAGUUUUUCGCUGAUUCUAUUGGAAAAUAUCCAAUGGACAUUCGGUAGGAAAAUCAAUAGAGUUGCAUUUUUCUGUGCAAAUUACUUUGUUGGAAUAUUUUCUGUAAAAAUUCCACGAGGAAAACUGAGAAAAUUCAGUGGAAUUCAAUAGAAUUCUCUACCGAAGUCGCCAGGUUUUUUUUUAUUAAAUUUCUUCGUGCGUGAGAUUCGAUGAUAGAGUGAAAAGGAAAUAUAUUUGCAUUAGUUUCUUCGAUGUUGCAAGAUAUUUUCAAAUAUCGAAGAUCCCUAGGGUAAGGAUAUAGUGGUAUUAGUAGAUGAUAAAUGUCGAAUGAGGGGAAGUGAAUCAAAAUAUUUCCACGAGGAAAAUUACUGAACUUUCGUUUGUUAUUUCGAUGUUUUUGGAUGGAUGGGACUGCAAUUGGCCCGCAUAGACUGCCAUUUAUCGUGUAUUUUUCAUUUUAUGUUCAAGGAAAAGUGUUUGCAUUAGUCAGCGAAAUAUCGCAAAGCAAUUUGCACUAUUAACAUUGACCGUGUUCCUCCACUCCACAUUUUUCUUCACCUUGUGGUGGAAGUUUACGGAAUAAUUGUAAAAUAUCGAAUGCCUUCGUAACAGAAUAAAUAUCAAGUGUUGGAGAAUUUUUUACUGCCAAAUGACGAGUAUUUUUUGAGAUUCUCUCCUCCACAUGAAUUACAAAAAAGAGAUGAAUUUGUAUUGAAAAAAAAUUAAUUGUGAAAUUCUGAAUGUUUUUGAUACUAGAUUAAAUGGAUAAUGCAUAUUUUUCCGACAUCGAUGGUUUUUCAUUCUCACUCCGCAUAUUCUCAUUUCAAAAUCUACCACGCAAGUCUGACUAGUAAUUUAUGAACAAAUAAUUAUUUUUAUUUUUGCUUCGCUAUGAGUAAGAUUGUUGUAUGGGUUAAUACUAAAAAUGAUAAUGUGUGUAUUGUAUUAUACAGGUAGAAAAUUUAUUAGAAAAUUUUUUUAUGUGAACCAGUGUAUGUGAAAAAUGUUGUUUAAUGAUAAAUAUAAGGGCCAUUGCCAUGUGGUGCUGAUGGCAAUCAUUUAUC